UUGCCCCCGCCAGCUCUUUCAAAGAAAGUGGCUGGUUUGUACGCGGCGCUGGAGGAGAAUCCAAACUGCUUAGUAUAUAGGUUUCUAGCGAAUGAAUUAGAUUUUCUAGAAAAGUCAUUCUAUACACUUAUAUUACAUAACUUUCGUUAAUUGCCAUUUUGUAUUGGCAAUUCGGAAACACUGCGGCGGCUCCGAAGUGUAGUUUUGAACGAUUUUUUUUGUACUUGAGAUGGCGACUGCAACCCCCAGCCGCACGGCUACCGAAAGCGCUCGGUCGGCUAGCACUCCGCUUUCCCCGACGCGGAUCUCACGGCUGCAGGAGAAGGAGGAACUGCAGCACCUGAACGAUAGGCUGGCCGUCUACAUCGACCGUGUGCGGGCGCUGGAGCUGGAGAAUGACCGGCUUAUGGUGAAGGUGUCGGAGAAGGAGGAGGUCACCACUCGGGAGGUUACCGGCAUCAAGGCCUUGUAUGAAGCAGAGCUGGCAGAUGCCCGGCGUGUCCUGGAUGAAACGGCCCGUGAAAGAGCCCGGCUGCAGAUCGAUCUUGGCAAAGCCAACGCUGAGCUUGAGGAGGCCACCAAGAAUUGGAAAAAGAAGGACGGUGAUCUGGCUUCAGCUCUGGCCCGCAUUAAGGAGCUGGAUUCACUGUACAUCAGGAGCGAAGCGGCGCUCAGCACUGCCGCGAGUGAGAAUGCGUCUCUCGGCGCUGAGCUUGCUGACCUGAAAUCCCAGCUCACUAAGGCUGAAGAUGCUCAUGCAGUUGCUAAGAAGCAGCUGGAAACAGAAACUUUGCAGAGAGUGGAUUUGGAGAACCGCUGCCAGAGCGUGUCGGAGGAACUGGAGUUCAGGAAGACCAUGUUUGAUGAGGAGGUGCGCGAGACUCGCAGGCGUCACGAGAAGCGGAUGGUGGAGGUGGACAGUGGGAACAAGCAGGACUAUGACUACAAGCUGGCGCAGGCACUGCAGGAUCUGCGCAAGCAGCACGAGGAUCAGGUGGCCGUCUACAGGGCGGAGCUGGAGCACACGUUUAAGGCCAAGCUGGAUCACGCCAAAGUGUCGUCUGACCUCAAUGACCAGGCUGUAAACGCAGCUCGAGAGGAGCUGCAGGAGUCACGCAUGAGGAUUGAAAGCCUCAGCUACCAGCUCUCCGCCUUCCAGAAACAGGCCAGUGCAGCUGAGGAGCGCAUCCGCGAGCUGGAGGAAGUCCUGGCCGGCGAUCGGGAGAAGCAUCGGCGUCAGGUGGACGGCAAGGAGCGCGAGAUGGCCGAGAUGAGGGAAUGCAUGCAGCAGCAGCUGAAUGAGUACCAAGACCUGCUGGACGUCAAGCUGGCCCUGGACAUGGAGAUCAACGCCUACAGGAAGCUGCUGGAGGGAGAGGAAGAUAGGUUAAAACUGUCUCCCAGCCCAUCUUCCCGGGUGACAGUGUCUCGAGCUGCUACCACCAGCAGCAGCACCACACGCUCGUCUCGCGCCAAGAGAAAGCGAGUCGAGCUGGAAGAGUCUGGGGCCGCAAGUCAGCCUAAGGUCCACAUUAACCAAGAAGCCGAGGCCUCGGGCAACAUCACUGUCGAGGAGAUAGACCUAGAGGGCAAGAGUGUCACCCUCAGAAAUGUAUCUGAGAAGGAUCAAUCACUUGGCAGCUGGAGACUGAAAAGGAAAAUUGGAGACGGGGAUGAAAUAACCUACAAAUUUACACCAAAAUAUGUCCUCAAAGCAGGGCAGACUGUCACGAUCUGGAGUGCUGAUGCUGGAGUGUCUCACAGUCCACCCACUGACCUGCUCUGGAAAAGCCAGAGUUCCUGGGGCACUGGUGACAAUAUUGUCACCUUUUUGGUGAACUCAAAUGGCGAGGAGGUGGCCAAGAGAACGGUCACCAAAAUCAUAGUACAUGUGGAGAAUGAAGAUGAUGAGGAUGCUGACUUUGGUGAAGAAGAUCUCUUCCAUCAACAGGGAGACCCAAAGGCUUCAUCCAGGGAAUGUUUAAUUAUGUGAAGAAUUUCAGUCCCCCCCCCCCCCCCCCCCCACAGCAACUUUAAAUAUUUUUGUACAUUUCAGUCUUGUUGAUUUUUCUUUUCUUAGUUUCCAAACCAGUCAGCCUCAUAUGUUUUGAAAUCAUUUUGUCAUGAAUUAUGCCUAAUAGUUAUAUGCAAUCUUAAACUUUUAAAGUUUUAGGAUUGUUCCCAAAAAUAUUAUGAAUUGUGGGAUUCCCCCCAUGCUACCCAAAGCUGGGUAGAGAUGGGGUUGGUGAACUUAUUUUAUAACUGCCACUGUCCUGGGUGUAUUUCAUUAAGGUUGCCUUAUCAAUGAGGCAUUCUAAUGGUUUUUAUGAUUCAUUGAUUGAAAGCCUUUGGGAGCAGGUCUGGUGGAUCUAGACUGACAAAAAGGGAGACCCUGAGUUAGAGAUUUUUACCACCGAGACUAACAAGAAACUGGCUCUAAUUGGAAGAUUUUAGUAGCUGUAGUUUUCCAUCGGCUGGUUCUAUUGUUAAUUUUAAUAGAGGCAUAUAUAUGCCUUACCUGCUAAGAAAUGCUCUAAGGGCAGAAAUCAGGAAAUGAGAUUUCAGUAUUUAGAAUCAGAUACUGAUCGUGUCAGCUGGCAUCCAUACUGAUAGUGUUGUGACCAUUUGAACAGAUUUUAAACUGGCAUGAUUUCACUCGUAGGUAGUAACUGACACUAUUUAGCUGCUUAGACUGGCUUUGCAGAGGCGAACAGGGUGGAAUUUGCAGGAUUGAUGGUCAGUUUGUUCAGUGGUUAACCAUGGUUGAAUGCAAGGAUGUGGACACAAUUGUCACAUCGUGAAAUAUUUUAAAUUGGGGCGGGGAGUGGUUUAGUAAAUGCUGAUUCUCCAGGAAGAGUGUUAAUCUUGGGCAUUUAGCCUCCCAAUAAGAGGUGACUUAAAACAAUUUCUGCAGCACUACAUGGUGAAUUUCCGUCAGUUGGGUCACUGUCAGUUUUCUUAACAAGGUUGCCAUUUUUGGCCCUGUUGACCCGAGAAAUCUUAUUGAAAGAUGUUUACAAUCGGUUCCCACUAGAUUUUACAGCCAUGCAUUUCACUGGAGCAGUCCUAGGGUUAGCGGCCAUCGCAUCAUGAUACAGUGGAUAAAAGUGAUUAUAAGAGAAGCCUUCAGGGAUUAAGGCCAGACCUGAAGCCAUCCGUGUUUCACUGUCCACUUUCCAGUCUGAACGGUCAGUGCUAUGAUUUUAUGACCUUAUUGACAAGGCAUGCGCUGCGUGCGACAAACUUACUUGGUGAUAACCUUGUGAUUUACCUUGGUAUUUGUACAUAUUUUGGGGAGGAAAUAUAACGUGCGUCCACCUUGUUCAUAUUAAUGCUUACUGUCGGUUGCAAUAAUCCAUGUUGAAUUUAUAUACCUUUUUAUAAGUAUAAAAUUGUUUCUCAGACAUAUGCAAAUAUUUUUUUAAAAGUAAAGGUGGUUAUCGGCAAGGUUUCUACAACUAUAAGAUGAUGUCGUACCACUGAAUGUACUAUUUGGUUGUGAUGGAGUAUUGACUUCUCAAAAGAAAUGAAUACUCCUGUGUCUUAAUGUGCAGUAUUCAACUGAUUGAACUUAGUACUGUGUUCAUGGCAUAAUUGUCUGCAUUGUCUACAAAGAUGCAUGAUUUAAAUCGGCCCUGACACCAGUCAGCUCACUGGUGCAAAUGCGUCGUCCGCCAUUCUUUAGGCAGCCGUAAAGGUGCAGAGUUACGGUCACAGGUCUCUCUAGACAAUGGAUUUCAGAAACAGAAUCCGGAGAUCUGUCUCAGGAUCUGAAAACUAAGGAGCCUUGUCUGUUAUCGCCAACAUUUGGUAUUCUAAGCCAGGACAUCGGCAUCUUUGUGGGUGGGGCUGGAUUGGUGAAAAAGCCACCUCAAUCUCGUAGCUGCUUUUUAGCUAAAAGGAAAUGCGGAGUUGAUCCAUGUUUUUAUCAUUGCACUCGAGUGCAAAAUAAGCUUAAAGCCCUGUGUUGUCUCCACAGCUAUUUCAUACACAUUGUUUGCCUGGGAAACAAUUUUUUUUCUUCAAAUGCAGUGCCCUGCAAAAAUAUUUUUUUAUUGAAUGAUUCUAUAUCACUCACCUAGUAAUCAUGCUUGUAUCAAAUGUUUGUUUAAAGAUGGUAAAGUUUAGGUUAAACAUGCAGAUUGACUUUGCUUAAAUAGCUUAGAUAGUUUGAUGUGCUCAAAGGAAUUGAUCUCGUUAGCACAGCAUUUUGGCAUUUCUGAAAAGUGUUGGAAAACUGAAGCUGAUUACACUGGUAGAAAAUUUUAGUAGCUUAAGUAUUUGGUUCUGAGGAUAUCAGAUCACUUAGCAGGAUUUCACUUGGAAACAACUGAUUGUUGUACACUGCUUUAAGUGAUCUGUCUUGAACAUUCAGCAGCAGCCUGCCAACCACUGACAUUUUAAUAAGAGUUUUUAAAUGAGCUUUUAUUGUUUAAUAUGCACUGGUUUAAAGUAUUUUACACUGCCAGAUUUCUGUUCAAGUUUCUCAGAAUAUAAUGUGACAAUGUGUUCUGGGAAUCAAAUUGUCAGCAGAGUCUGUAAAAAUCCCAAUCUGAAUGAUAGCAUACUGAAUCAUGUCUUACUGUAAGGAGAUUGCAGUUUCAUACUCUGAAAUGCACAAAAUGAUGCGCAAUAAUGUGAUGUCUCAUGUUUACUCGAGCCAUGAAAAAAUUGUGAAUAAAUUUUCGACUUCAGCUUUUGUUAAGGGGAAAAACCUAAACUUUAUCAUUAUAUAGGGGAAUUGUAGGAGUGCAUGCCAAAAGUGUUUUCCCCCAUGAGUUAUUUACAUUUAUAUUGACAUUUUUGUACAACAUAAUACAAUAAAUGUUUUACCUAA